CCAACUAACCGCAGCUCACACAAAUAAUAGCUGGCUGCCAGUGAGGACACCCCGAAGGGCGAGGGUUGGGCUGGGCCUCUCGCGCCUGGUUUCCCAGACUCUCCCUGAGUCUGGGUCCGGGGUUGUCCCCAGCGUGCGCCCAGGCACAGCAGAACCCCAGAAGCUGACUGACAGGUUUUCUCCAGUAAGAGGUGGCUCUUGAAGCUCUGCAGAAACAAGUGUGGUGUGUUAUUUCAAGGCACGAUGGCUGCAAAAGUGGUCCCUAUGCCCCCCAAGCCAAAGCGGUCCUUUAUACUGAGAGUCCCUCCCAACUCCAAGCUGGGCCAAGACCUACUUCGAGAUGCUACUAGUGGACCCAAGACCAUCCACCAACUGGUUCUGGAGCACUUCCUCACCUUCUUGCCCAAGCCAAGCUUAGUCCAACCCAGUCAGAAAAUCAAGGAGACCUUGGUUAUUGUGAAGGAUGUGAGUUCAGACCUUCAGAAUAGAGUGCAACCUCGUCCCUUAGUGACGCUUCUACCUAGAGAAGGAACCCAACAGAAACAGGAGACAGUAUCUCUGUGUCUGAAAUCUGAAUCUGAGAAACUGGUGGUCUUUGAGGAUUUGAAUGUAUUUCACUCCCAAGAAGAAUGUGUAAGCCUGGAUCCUGUUCAGCAGCCCACCUCAGAGAUGGAAGAAGACAGCAUUGGGGAGAUGAUGUUACUGGUCAGUGGCAAUAAUCCUGAGGGUGAAGAGCUUCAGACGGAACCUGUAGAGGAUGAAGAUCAUAGAGAAGAGUCUUCAGAUUGUGAUGAAAUGGAUUGUGCCAUGGUCCCUAAGCAGUCUCCAGAUUGCCAAAAAGAAGAAAGAUUAAAUACAUCUAUUCCAAAGGAAAGGAAAAUGAGAAAUCUUUUAGUUACCAUUGAAAAUGAUACUCCUUUAGAGGAACUCUCAAAAUAUGUGGAUAUUAAUGUUAUCGCACUUACCCGAAAUCGUAGGACAAGAAGAUGGUAUACUUGUCCGCUGUGUGGGAAACAGUUUAAUGAGAGUUCUUACCUUAUUUCCCACCAGAGGACUCACACUGGAGAAAAGCCCUAUGACUGCAGUCACUGUGGGAAAAGCUUUAAUCAUAAAACAAACCUUAAUAAGCAUGAGAGAAUCCACACAGGAGAGAAACCUUAUUCAUGUUCUCAGUGUGGGAAAAACUUCCGUCAGAAUUCUCAUCGAAGUCGCCAUGAAGGAAUCCAUAUAAGGGAAAAGAUAUUUAAGUGUCCAGAAUGUGGGAAAACCUUCCCAGAAAACAGAGAGUUUGUUGUUCACUUGCAGAGUCACAAGACCAAGAGGCCAUAUGGUUGUAAAAAGUGUGGGAGAAGAUUUGGUCGGCUGUCGAACUGCACCCGGCAUGAAAAAACCCACUCAGCAUGUAAAACCCGAAAACAGAAGUGACAUCAGGGAAAGGUCUGAUGGUACCACCUCAAACUGAAAUAUUCCAUAAAUAAUUCUGAAUUGCCAGGCUGUCUGAAAAGAUACAGAUAAAACCUCGUUAUAGCCAAAAUCAGAUAAAUAUUCAAGUUUGCCGAAACCUCAAGUUUUUAGAAAAUUCGCAGGGGAAACAAAACAUCCUCAAGGGCUAUACCUCAGUUAGCAACCAGGCUUUUUAGACUAAAGAGCUUUCUUUUGUGAACUUAUGCAACGAUGUACAGCUCACAGAUCCCUUUCCCAAAAAAGGCUUUGAAAUAGGAGUCUGGGGGCUGCUUACCUUAAGGUGAAGACUGACAAGUGUACUGAAAGUAUCAGGAUAUUCCAUUCCCCCCCCUACAUAGGAAUUCACACCUGAGAAAUAAUGUAAAGAUCCUUAUCUGAAACUGUUCCCCUAAAAGAACCAAACUACUGACUUGUUAAUAAGAACAGAUUCUAUCAGCCAUUCAUAUCACCAUCUAAAGAUACCCUGAAAGCUUGAGAGAUGAAAGGGAUUGUUUACUUUGGAAUAUAGGAAAACACAGCAACUGAAUGUCAAAGACUUAUUCCAUCAUUUGUAUGUGAUCUAAAAACUAAUGAUCAAUUUCAAUAACUCUUGCAGUUUGUGGUGAAAAGAGACGUUUACAGAAAUCCUCUUCACAGUGUAAUUUAAAAGUGUCUGCUGUUCUUACUGUAUUUUGUCCAGCUGUUAAUUGCUCAAACAGCUCUCUCAUGCCUUUGCCUUGCCGGAAGAAGUUUGGGUCACUCAAGCCUGGCCACCCAGCCCCGCUUCUGGAAAAACUUAUGAAUUUUGUCCCUCUGUUGAGUCAGGAAAACCUGCCAGGAGGAAACCCCAGGAUCCUGCAGAGGGGGAGGAGGACAUUGGCUUGGAUCUGUGGCUGGUCAAUAACCUUGCCAUGUGUGUAGUUCCCAUCAGACCGUUGGCAAUGGGUGGUCACUACCUCACAAGCAUAGUGUUUUACUUUUAGAAAUUAUCUCUCCAGUGGCUCACUCACAUUACCCCUCAGGAGAUAGGGUUCCAGCGUCCUCACUGUAGUGGACAUUUGUUCUCUGUGGCUUCCUGGUACCCACAGUUCCUGACUUGUCUGCCAGAAGCAAGGCCAGUGGUGCCUUCACAGGACCAAUCCUGUGGUGUGUCAUUUUCAGAUUCUCCAUCAGUCUUGCUCCUCUUAGAUUUCCUUAGGUUUUAAAUUGGUAUCUGUAUUGGAACAGGCUAAAUCCUGUACACUUAUGGUGGAAAAUUACCUUUACACGUUUUGUUCCCAUCCAGAAACCUACCUUCCAUUGAUUAGAGUAUUCUGAGUACGGUUUUUCCUAAUUUUCUUGCGGUAAGUUCUACACAAAACAAAAUUUUGUUUUUGUAAAUAGUUUUUUUUUUUUUUCAUUGUAUUUUUCUAGUUGGUUAUUGCUCUUGCAUAGGAAAGUUAUUUUUAAUUAUAUAUUUGCAAAACUAGCUACUUCUCUGAAUGUAAUUUUCAGUAAUUUCUCAGUUCUGUUAAAAUUUGUGAUUAAAAAUUAU